CCUCCCUCUCUCUCCCUCCUCUCCCUCUCCCUCUCUCCCUCUCUCUCAGGUAGUUUAAGAACAGCAGCUCAUGGCGGAUGAAUAAAAUCCCCAUUGUGGGACCGGGCCUCGCUCAGCAGAAGCGGGAAUCGCCUUCGGCAGCGUUUGUCAGCGGUCGUGGCCCCGGAGGGACUUGCGUCCGGCCAGCCAGCGGAUCCGGAGCGCUGGGAUAAGGGGCCGGAGUGAACCGCUCGAACUUCGCGCGGAACGCCGCUGGACUCGGAGCCGCUGGACUCGGAGCCGCUGGACUCGGAGCUGGCGGACGAUCGCAGGCUUUGCUGACGUCGUCUGCGCGUGGCCGGGCUUGCCUCAGGUUUGACUGUAUCCCCCCGUGGUUCCGGUGUGAAGUCGCUGCCUGCUGUCCCAUUGGCUGUUACACAAACAAUCUCUGUGUUUAGAAAGACCAUUUGGGCCAUCUGCACGGCUCUAAAACCAGGAUUGAUUUGAUUUUUUCGAUCGACUCAUUGACUGAGACUCCUGAUGCCCGUUUCUCUGUUAGCGUUAGCAUCAGCAUUAGCGACGGCCGGUGAGACGGAACCUUCAGCCAUGAGGGCGGGAGGGACUGUUAGAGACGGCGUGAGGGACACAGAACUGACGCAGGAAACUCCCGCCCAGAUCUCCUCCUACUGCCUGCAGUUCGACUCCACUGGUGAGGUUGGCGGCUAUGACAUCAUGAAUAACGUGGUGAUACCCACGCCCGGGCUGUGGGACUACACGUCCCAGUUCCGCACCCUGCGCCAAAGCUGGGAGACCAACUACCAGGAGGCCGCUAUCUACCUACAGGAGGGGGAGAACAACGACAAGUUCCUGACGCACCCACGUGACCCCAAGGCUCUGACAGCCUACCUCGCGGCCCACAAUCCCCUGUUCUACGCCAUGGAGCUGCUCCCGGGGCUCCUGCUGAUGGCGCUGUCGCUGGCCGAGGCCCCGGCCGUACCCCGCCUUCAGCUGGACGUCUACGUCCACACCACCCUGGAGCUGCUGGCGCUGGUGAUAGUAGCGUUAGAACUCUCCAUAAAGCUCAGAUGGCUGGGCUUUCAGGCCUUCACCUGCCACAAGAGGAUCAUGGUCAAGACCUGUGUUCUGCUGCUCCAGUUGGUGGAGGCCAUCGUGGUUCUGAUCCGACAGACGUCUCACAUGCGAGUGACCCGGGCCCUCCGGCCCAUCUUCCUGGUGGACUGCACGUACUGCAGAGCGGUGCGCAGGAACCUGCGACAGAUCUUCCAGUCCCUUCCGCCCUUCAUCGACAUCCUCCUCCUCCUUUUCUUUUUCAUGAUCAUUUUCUCCAUCCUGGGUUUUUAUUUAUUCUCUCCAAACGCGGCAGACCCAUACUUCAGCUCGCUGGAAAACAGCAUCGUGAGUCUGUUUGUGCUCCUCACCACAGCCAACUUUCCGGACGUGAUGAUGCCGGCCUACUCCAGGAGCGGCUGGUCCUGCGUGUUCUUCAUCGUCUACCUGUCCAUUGAGCUCUACUUCAUCAUGAACCUGCUCCUCGCGGUGGUGUUCGACACCUUCAACGAUGUGGAGAAGAUGAAGUUCAAGUCGCUGCUGCUGCACAAGAGGUCAGCCAUCGACCACGCCUUCAAGCUCCUGGUCAGCAAACAGAGCCCCAGCACGGUGUCCCUCAGGCAGUUUGACGGGCUGAUGCGGUUCUACCAGCCGCAGAUGGCCGCCCACGACCGCUUCCUCACCUUCAAGGCUCUCAGCCGCUCUGACGGCCCCACGCUAAGCCGGGAGGAAUUCUAUCACUUUUAUGAAGUCAUGGGCCUGAAGUGGACGGCACAGCGGAGCAGCAGUCACUGGUUCGACAGCCUUCCACACACCACCGUCCUCAUUUUCAAAGGAAUUCGAAGAUUUGUGAAAUCCAAAGCCUUUCAGUAUGGAAUGUACGUGGUGGUAGCGGUGAAUGGCGUGUGGGUCCUGGUGGGAACGUAUCUGGUGAACAACGUUUCCUCCUGGUCAGCAUUUUUUCCCUGGAGUUACAUAGUCUUCCUCAGCAUCUAUGGGGUGGAGAUCCUGUUGAAAACCUCGGGUCUGGGCCCUGUGGAGUACUUCAGCUCUGGGUGGAACCUGUUUGACUUCCUGGUCACGCUCUUCGCGGUCCUGGGCCUGGUCGCCGUGGCCUUCGAUGUCGAGCCGUUCUAUUUCAUCGUGGCCCUGCGGCCGCUGCAGCUCCUCAGGCUGUUUAAGAUUAAGAAAUCUUUCCGCAUUGUCUUAGACACCAUGGUGGAGCUCCUUCCCCGGAUGGCCAGUUUGGGACUCACCCUCAUCAUUUUCUACUACUCCUUCGCUAUUGUGGGGAUGGAGUUUUUCGCCAACGUCGUCUACCCCAACUGCUGCAAAAACAGCACAGUGGCAACGUCCUACCGGCAGAUCGCCAUCACCGUCGGCAACCGCACUGUUCUGGAUGAGGGAUACUACUAUCUGAACAACUUCAACGACAUCCUCAGUGCCUUCGUCACACUGUUUGAGCUGACAGUCAUCAACAACUGGUAUAUUACAAUGGAAGGGGUGACAUCACAGACCAGUCAUUGGAGUCGCCUUUACUUCAUGACCUUUUACAUCAUCACCAUGGUUGUGAUGACUAUCAUUGUGGCCUUUGUUCUGGAUGCCUUUGUCUUCAGAAUGAACUACAGCCGCAAAAACAGAGAACCAGCGGGACACCCAGGAGAUGAUAAUGGUGUGGUGUUUGAGGUGGAAGUGUUGCGGGAGGAGGCUCUGUCCAUGUUGGAGCUCAGUAAAAAGACCUACCCCAAACGCUCCAACCUGAGCUCCCUACAGGAGGCACUGCUGAGCAUCGAAAGCAACAGACUUGCCUCUCUAGUGUUUGUGGGUCGACGCUCCCGCACUAAGACUGACCUGAGCAUGAAGAUGUACGAGGAGGAGACUCAGGAGUGGUAUGUGGAACACUCUCAAGGGGGCCCACUUCACCCUCAACAAGCAUGAUACUGUAUGUGGACAGAGAAACGGACAGCCUGGACACCAAUAAUAUUCACCAGGAUACGGAGAAAACUCCUAUAAACUGUGGGCUACAGGCUAACUCCCCCAAACUGUGGGCUAAAGCUAACUCUCCCAAACUGUGGGAUACAGGCUAGCUCCCCCAAACUGUGGACUAUAGGCUAACACCUCCAAACUGUGGCUACAAGCUAACUCUCCCAAACUGUGAGCUACAGGCUAACUCCUCCAAACUGUGGGCUGAAGCUAACUCUCCCAAAACUGUGGGAUACAGGCUAACACCUCCAAACUGUGGGCUACAGGCUAAACUCCCCAAACUGUGGACUAGAGGCUAGCUCCCCCAAACUGUGGGAUACAGGCUAGCUCCCCCAAACUGUGGGAUACAGGCUAGCUCCCCCAAACUGUGGGAUACAGGCUAGCUCCCCCAAACUUUGGGCUAGGAUGCUGGAUGGUCACUAGUGCUCUCCCCUGAAUUCAUGGACUAGAGGGCCUGCUGACAUGGCACUCUCCUCUUACAUGGAUGGAUGCACAAACCACUUUCCUCAGACAAGUGCUCAUCACUGUGUGUCAUCUUAAAUCCUGGAAGGGCUCAGUUUUCCCUGACCGAUGGUGCGGUGGGCAGGAACGCAGACUCUGGUGUGAGCAUCUGCUCUGGAGUUUCUGUGUGACGGAUUUCUCAGGUAAUGCUCAGAGACAGGUCAUGAGUUUGCAUUCAGGCGGCCAUUUUCAAAGAGCAGUCCCCAUGG